AUGGAGCAUCUACUGCUCGUCCUCCUCGGCCUCGUCGGCCCCGCCCUAGCUGCUGCCUCUUAUAUUGUGCCCCACAGCUACGACCUAACCCUGCAGCUUCCGAUGAAUGAGAGCUAUGUCGCAGGAUCCGCAAUGAUACAUUUUUCCCUGCUGCAAAAUUCGCAAAACAUUACUCUACACGCCCGCGGACUUCACAAUUUUCGCAACAUCUCGUUGUUGAGCUCGAACGACACGGUAGAGCCCCGCCUGAAAUCCCUGCGAAUUCUCGCCGACACCGUCGAGUUCAACUUUGCCACCGUGCUCCCGCGCGGCAAAUACUUGCUGACGAUCGGGGCGUACGGCGCCAAGAUACGAAACGAUUCGCUGGGCCUUUUUUGGCGGAAUUCCGGGGAGCUGCUUGCCACGCAUUUUCAGCCAGAUUUUGCGCGGACGCUGAUGCCAUGUAUUGAUCUGCCACAUUCCAAGGCUCCCCUCCGCCUCCAAAUCAUCCACCCGGCCCACACCAUCGCCCAGUCGAACACCAUUGCCAAUGAUGUCCAAGUGGUGGAUGUUGACUGGCAAAAGACCAUCUUUGCCCCGACGCCUCCCCUUCCCGCCUAUCUAUACACCUUCUCCGUGAUGCCCGAAAGUUUCAAGCAGCUCUACCGUGCCACUUCCUUUGGCGUCACCCUCCGCGUCUUCCACGACCCCGACGUCAACGGUGCCCGUAUCCUCGAUGCAGCCGUGGCAGCAUUCGAGCUGUUGGCCAGCCUCUUCGAAGUGCCGCUCCCCCUCAACAAGGUCGACUUCCUGCUCGUCCCCCGCUACGUGGGCGGCAUCGAGAAUUGGGGGCACAUUGUCGUGUCAGAAGAAUUAGCCGCCCCCUCGACAAAUGACGCCCACGUGGCCUACGUGGUGGCCCACGAGUUGGCCCACCACUGGAUCGGCAAUAAGGCCACCGUAUCCUCGUGGAAAUGGGCCUGUCUACAGGAAGAUUUGACCGAUUACAUCAGCUACAAGGUUGUACGCUCGCUGUUUGGUGGGGAUGAGAGAUAUGAGCGCUUCCGGCUCUCGAAAUACGUCGAGGUGCAACUCGCCGAAGAUUUUGUUUCGCCAAACCACUCCCUGGAGCUCCCGGAAAAGAUUGACAACGAAAUGAUGACCAACCAUUGCUAUCUGAAGGGGGUGGCCUAUUUGGAGUCGAUUGAGGGUCUCGUCGGGGAGGGGACCGUAUUAGCAUCUAUUCGACAUCUUGUCUCGACUAGAUCAACAUUUGACCUCGAUCUAUUCGCCGACUACUUCAGCAAGUUCACAACACCAGACGGCAUUCCGCUCUCACAGAUCUACCAAUUCUGGUACCGUAUGGGCGGAUUCCCGGAAGUGCUCGUCGUCAACGGCAACAAAUCGACCACUGUGGCCCAACGAGGCCAAAAGCUGUGGCCCCUCCUCCUCCCCAAUCAGCUCAACCUCCCCCAAUUCAUGUUGACACAAGCAGCCGAAUACGAGAAUGUGUCCUCUCCGGUCAUUGUCAACCUGAAUUUCACCUCGUUCGUCCGCGUUAAUUAUGAUACGAACACGUGGACGACAAUUUUCAGCCAAAUGAAGCGCGGCCCGGGCGCGUUCUCGGCCGUGGGUCGAGCGCAGCUCGUCUCCGAUUUCUGCCACUUCCACAAAGAAGGCCUCGUGCCCGGCGGCACCAAAAUCAAGGACCAAGUGCUCGAAAUGGUGUACGCACUGCCCGAGUACUUCGAGCUGUGCGACUGGAAUUUGUAUUGGUGCACGGUUGCCCCGUCUGAAUCGCUCGCCGCCACCCUCGUCAAGAGUGUGCUCGUCAACUUCUCGGCCCUCUUCCAAAAUGACGGCCACUACGGUUGCAAGCGGGGCGGCGCCGCGAAAACGAUCAACUCCUUUUGCCAGUCGUUUUUCGGGCGCAAUUGCCGCCGUGUGGGGUCGUCGCCCUGCCAUCUGCUACUCCACCAAGACGGGUCAUUUUUGAAGCGCUUUGAUAACCAAGUCAAUCCACUGCCAGCUGCAGAAUGGACGAAGAUGAAGACGAUAUGGAUCGACAAGGCUCUUCGUCCCCAGUUGUUGUCGACGAGGAUGAAGAAACGCCCGAGAACAUGGAAGCAGACGAGGGAUAACGAGAAUAAGGACCCAGAUGAGGAUGAACCGAAGGAAGGCGAGCCGAGGAGAGUCAAAAAGUUACGCAUCGUUAUCACACCGGAGGACCGCCGGAUUGCAGCUGCUUCAGAAGCUUCCGCUUCAUUGGCCCCACCACCACCAGCAGCCGUAGAGCCAGCCCCUAUACUCGACCCCGUCGCAGCCAAAGCGGAAAGGAAGCGGAGAAGACGUAAAGAACGGAACAAGUUCAAAUGGCAUGAACGGGUUUGGAGAAGAAGAUAUAGAUGGAUGGUUCGCGAGGAGCCGGACCCGGCCACGAUCUCUGAUCAUGCGAAGAGACAGGCGGCAAUCCGGGCCCUGUUUCGCAGCUGUGUGGAGGAGAUUUUCUUACAAGAAUGCUUUGAUAUGAUGCGGACUGUGAAGCUGAACCCGAAAGUGCCGCUGGACGGAUAUUUCAUACCCAUCAGGCCGCAAGGGAUUACGCCCCAGACCGAACGAGCUCAAGUCGAUAAGAUGGAGGAAAAAUGCGACGUGUGCGGGCGGACAAUUGCGGUGACCCGAUACGCACCCCAUCUUGAGAAAUGCGUAGGGAUGGGUAGACGGGCCGCUCGACCGCAACGUGGCAAAUACACCGAACAACCCGAACCGUCGACCAGCGCGGCAGUCGAGGAGGGGAUGGAGGACGAGGAUGAUGCAUAUGAUCCGAUCAGCAGCGACGAAGAGGACUGGGCCCCCAAGAAGAAGAAAAAGAAGCCGCGGGGCAAGAAGAAA